AUGACUUACGAGAACACUCGGGAGUCAUGUGAGGCUCGAGAGGGUGUUGUGGAAAGCCCUAACGGGACCCGAUUGUCCAUAAUAGCUAAAGGGGCCCCUCGAUCAGCCAACAAUCCAGUUGUUAUUUUUGAGUCAGGACUGGGGGUCAGCGGUGCACAAUGGGCAGCCGUGCAACGGCUGUUAGACCCUCGUAUCCGCAGCUACGCCUAUGAUCGUGCUGGAUAUGGAAACAGCCCAGAAUCGAAGACGCCACGCAAUGCAGCCAACUUGGCGGCAGAGUUACUUGAUGUUCUCCGAGCCGCGAAGAUAAGUCCGCCAUACAUUGUCGUCGCUCACUCCUACGGCGGAAUCAUCGCGCGUGAAUUUCUAGCUGCUGCAGAUGCCGAAGCAAUAGCCGGGAUGGUGUUGGUAGAUACCAACCAGGAGAACACACACCCUAAGCUUCGCGUCCCCUUCUCUGCCAUACAAGCACUGUGCGGUGAACGAGACUACUCCGAUGUCAUUGGGUUGUUCCGUGAAAAUUCCUGGACUCAGGAAGAGCUGGACCGCAUUGCGACAGACGGAAGCGUCCCGACCGCGGCGAGCACCACGGACAAAGAGGCUGCACUUAUACUCCAAAGCUCCAUUGAUUUGGGAGAGAAGCAUCAGUUGGAUACGCGUCCGCUGGGCAUGCGACCGGUCACUGUUAUUCGAGGUGACUCACGUCGCGACUUUCAACGUCUGCGCACUGCUGCCCAGGAAGGUGACUGCGGUACCAAAGAGCAUUUCCAGGAGAUGGACGAAUUUCUCGAGAGUCGCUUUGACGUUUUCGAUCGUGAGCUGCAGAUGCAGCAGCUGAGCUUGUCGGGUAACAGUCGCUUUGUCCAGGCCACUAACAGUGGACAUUCAGUUAUGGCGACUGAGCCUCAGCUGGUUGCCGAUGAGAUUCUCGCUGUCUGGGACUCGAGCCUGUAG